AUGGCCACGUGCCCGCCCGUCGCCUUGCCGUUCUUCUUGCUGCUUGCCGCUGCCCGCUGUGCCGCAGGCGCGCCCAGCUGCUCCGCUACCCAAGCUCGAGCUUACCGCGGCUGUAGCCCCCCUGUACCCUACUGCUGCUCUUGGAGCGCUGCAACUGCUCCUUAUGCCGCGCCGCCGCGGUCCCGUACCUCCUGCCGCUGCUGCCCCUCGCCGCCCGCUCCGGCCGCUCGCGUCGCCCGCCCAUGGUGGCCUCGCCCGCCGUCCUCACCCCGCGGCCAUCCCUCCGCCUGCGCUGGCCUCGCGGCCAUGGCCUCGCCCCUGUGCCCGCGCGGGCACACAUCCGUCCGGGCCUCGUCUUCUCCCCCUCACUGCGCUGUCCCGGCCGGCCGGCUGUGGGCCGUGGCCACCGGCCCGCGCGCGCGGCCCGGGUGCAGGCGCCAGCGCCUGGGGCCGCCCCGCUUCACGCGCCCGGUACCCACCCGCUAA